AUGAGAUUUGUGACGACUGGUUUCUCCACAAAAGGUGUUCGACUACGCGGAGAAGAACACCCUAAUACUAGAGGAAUGUUCGACGGAAACCCAAUCGCGCGGGCCAUCCUUCGACAACGAGCGAAAGCAGCUUUUGUUAAUGCAAAAGCGACGACAAAAACGAAGACAACCGACGACGUGAUCGUAAAGAAGAAGACGAGGUUUGGAUUGGAUGCGAUUUCAAAUGUCGACGACGGAACAACCAACGAAACGGAGUUUGAUGCGUUCGAUGAUGACGACGAUGGUUUUGCAACGAAAACAACGGAAAUGAGACAGAAGGAAACCCCUCUGAAGUCCUUGGUGUCAUUCACGAGGAGGAAACGGAAAGGAGGGUGUUUUAUGCAACCAACAGAAGCAGUGAAGGUUGGUGAUGAGAAAAAGGCAGACGAGGAGGAGGAGGAGAAGAGGUGCAAGGUUCGCUGUACGCCGCGCGCGUCGGACGAUGAACCCUUUUCGAAGAAGAAGACAAAAACGACGAAACAUAAACAGAUGUACUUGGAUCUGGGGCAAAAAUCGUUCGCGCACGCGACGUGUUCGAUAUGCGGGUUGAUGUUUGCGAAAGGCGAACCGUCGGACGAGGAGUUACAUCGAAAGCACCACGCGAAGUUUCUCGAGGAAAGAGAUAACGCGUUCGUGACGGUGAACGUAAACAAGGCGAACUCGUUCUGGGUCGAUGAAAGGAAACAGAAUUGGCAGGAAGUAGAGAUUGUAAGAAAAGACGCGCCGUCGUCGUCGGAAAAGUCGGAAAAGUGUCGCGUGUAUCGCGUGACGAAAGGAGGGUGCGAUCGACACGCGUGGGCGAAAGUGAAACGGGUUGCGAAGAUAGUUGAAACAGAAAUCGGGGCCGUAGAAGAAUGGGUACUAGGAGGAGAAGAAGAGAAUAAGGAUUUACACGUUGUUGCGUUCGUGUGCGUGUCUUUCACGGGUGGGAAAGCGAACGAAGGAAAAAUCAUCGGCGCGGCGUUUUGCGAGGAUGUCGCGGCGAAUCAAAGAGAGGUGUUUGCGUCGACGAGGGCGGGAGGAAAGGCGGAUGAGAAGGCACCGAGUGGAAACGAUUCGUCCGCGGCGGUGACGACGACGACGACAACGAGUGCGAAUGAUAACGUUCGUGGCGGAGGGGUGUUGAAGAAAGGUGCUCGGAUACAGCUUUCAUCCCAAACGAGAGAUUCGGUUGGAAUUCGAGCGCUUUGGGUACACAAAAAAUUUCGUCGCGCGGGUGUUUCUUACAACCUGUUGGAAAAUUGUCGACGACGAUUUUACGGCGACGCCUCCAUGAUUGGCUCUUCGACAAUAGUGGAGAAAGAUAGAGUGGCUUUUUCUCAGCCAACUUACCAAGGGGAGUUAUUUAUUGCCAAAUACGCCGGCAACGGAGGCUUUCUCGUGUACGAAUAA